UGGAUGCAGUCGGUUCCCUCUCGGCACAACACAAAAUCCAGUGCUGUAGACAAACCGUACACAAUUCCACAGAAGACACUGAACAUCUCUGAUCCCUAUAGCUGCAAGCCUUCAGCUCCCUCAAAUAUGUCUUCUGUUGAACACAUUUAAGGUACAUAGCUAAUGCUCUAUUCCAGUUUACAGCAUGCUUUUGAUAAACAGAGCCAUUCCAGGGGCUCACACACACACACACACACACACACACACACACACACACACACAGCUUGAUGUCCAAAUAUAUUGCAUAAAGGGCACGUUUAAUGGAGCCGUGAUGUUAAUCCCUGGCGUAUCAUCAUCUCUCCUGGCCAACACGUGCCGCCUUCGCCCGGAUUCAGCCUUAGCCCCUCUUCCGCAUAAUGGUACACUCCGAACCGUGUGAGGUAAUUAACAUCAUCACUCGGGGCUACUGGACUGAGACGCGUGCUCUGACGUCCAUGGCUGUUGGCAGAACAUGCAAGCUGGGAGAACGUGGGCUAUAAAGCAGCCAGCAUUAUUAUCUUAUAUCGAUAUUUAGAACCAGAUUACGAGGUCAGAUAUCGGAUGCCCCGCUAUUUCACCAUGUUUUCAGUCCACAGUCUAUGGCUAGUUAUGACUCAGUAGUUAGAGGACAGUCACCGCUGUGUGAGCGCCAGUACAAUAACAACAGUCAGGAUCUUUUGCUUUGAUGCUUUGCGCUGGAGAAAGCGAGCGGAGAAGCGCGCCAUGCUGAAGCUCUGACUGACUGCACUGUAGGAUGGGGAGCGGGCCGUGCGGAGACGGGCGAUCUCUGAUCCAGCUGGCGGGCGCGGAGGACAUAACUGUCUGCGGUGUGUGGUACCUCUCGGAUGCUGAGUCGUAGCGCGGGUGGAUCACUUUGGAUGGGAAGCACCUCCUAAUCUUCCCAGCCCAGCCCCACCCCACCCUCACCCCACCCUCACCCCGCCCACAUCCCACCCCUGUCCUCAUCUCCCCCACAUCCCACCCCUGUCCUCAUCUCCCCCUUCCCCCUUGCCCCUGCUUCCGAACUCCUGCGCGCCCUUCCGUUCCGUCACCAUGACAACGAUGCUGCAGACGCCGGCCUUCAAGCUGGCCCUUCUCCCGUCUCCCUGGAGCCCUGAGCGCCUGUACAGCUGCGAGGACAAGAUCGAGCGCCGCUAUGACAUCAUCCCCUCCGUCAUCUGCUCCAUGUGCUGCGUCUUCGGCAUCAUCUACUGUUUCUUCGGGUACCGCUGCUUCAAGGCGGUGAUGUUCCUGACGGGCCUGAUGUUCGGCUCCGUCAUCAUCUUCGUGCUGUGCUACAAGGAGCGCGUGAUGGAGACGCAGCUGAGCGUGGAGGCCAGCGCGGGCAUCGGGCUGGGCAUCGGCGUGCUGUGCGGCCUGGUCACCAUGCUGGUGCGCAGCGUGGGCCUCUUCAUGGUGGGCCUGCUGCUGGGCCUGCUGGUGGCGGUGGCCGGGCUGGCGGUGGCGGAGGAGUUCUACCACCCGCGCACGGCGUGGGUGCCGCUGGGCGCGCUGCUGGGCUCGGGCAUGCUCUUCGCCGUGCUGACGCUGCAGUGGCAGCGCUGCUUCACCACGCUCUCCACCGCCGCCUUCGGCGCCGCCGUCAUCGCCGUCACCGUCGACUACUUCGCCGAGAUGCUGCUGGCCGUGCGCUACCUGUACGAGCGCGUGGUGGCCGCCCGCCGCCGCCCCGUCUGCUGGCUCAGCUGGGCCGUCCUGGGCCUGUGGCCCGCCCUCGCCCUGCUCGGCGUCAUCGUCCAGUGGAAGGUGACGGCCGAGGGCUACUCGCACACGGAGGUGAUAAUCAGUCGCCAGCAGCGACGGGUGCAGCUGAUGCGGAUCCGUCAGAAGGAGGAGAGGAGAGAGGGGAGAAAGAAGAAGAAGAAACAGCAGCGGCACCACCACUCCCAGCACACGCACGCCCCCAAGCUGCACCCCGAGCCCACCUACCGCCGAAAACCCACCCCCAUCCGCCGCUACGACGGGGACGUGCUUUCCCCCAGUUACAUCCAGAGUUUUCGGGACAGAGAGGAGGGGCGGCGGUCGUACCCUCCGGGCCGGCUGGUCAGUGGAACCCACACCGUAGUGGACCUGGACUAUGAGUGCGGCUCCACCGUGCCCCUGACCGCCUCAGCAGGGCCCGCCAUGCGGGUGUGAGGCUGCCCCCUGCUGGACCCGCGCAGGUGCUGCAGGCCACUGUGUCGUGUUCGUUGUUAGAGCAACACUGCAGACCUGGCCUUUUCCUCUGCCACGCUUCUCUCCCUCACUGGGUCCACGGCUGGGGUCGCUCGACCGCCCCUCCACAGGACCGCCCCUCCACAGGACACCCUAAAGGAAGCCCCCUAC